UCAAGACUGUGUAGAACUACACGAGCUGCUCUGCGAUACACACGUGUGAAUUGACUGCAUAACUAAAUACAAGAAACUCUGAGGAGGCUGAACCUUACGAUGGACCUGAGCUGCGUGUGGCCGCUGGCCCUCCUGUUACUCUGCUCUGCGACAGUCGGCAGCUGCGCAGACGCUUGCACGGCCACCUGCACUGGGCACAGCCCAGGCACAUUUGUGUCAGACCCUACAGACUGCCACAAAUAUUAUGGCUGCCAAGAGAACGGCGAGUUGACAGAUGUAGCUUUCACUUGCCCUGAUGGCUAUUACUUCUCCACAAGUUACGGCAAAUGUGUCGUUGAAAGUAGCCCCUGCAAAUCAGUCUGUCCACUACCAAGGUGCUCCUUGACCUGUCAUGUGGACUUUAAAGUCCUCGUGUAUCCUGGGGACUGUACCAAGUUUCAAGUGUGUACCCCGGACGGGGGACUGUCAACUGGAGUAUGUCAGAUAGAUAAACCUUACUUCGAUGGUCGAGAAUGUCAGUCUAACCCUGACCAUUGCUGCGACCCUUGCACACCAAAAUGUAACUAUCCAGGGACCCAGAUUGUCGAUCCCUACAACUGUACUAACUACUACUUCUGCGAGGACUAUUACAACUAUGAAGCAAAUUCGUGUCGGAAAGGCAUGCAUUUCGACCCCGUGACAGAAAAAUGUGUCGAUGGAGAACAGUGCAAAAACGUGUGUCCCAUUAACCCACCCACGACAACCACGGAAGAAACAACUACCCCGGAACCUACCACAACCACACCAUAUUGGUGGGAGACAACUACACCAUAUUGGUGGCCAACGACCACACCAUAUUGGUGGACCACUCCCUUUGGUGAACUAGAAAGCGAAAAGGACGGUAACAAACAUGUUGCGCCAGCACAAGUUUCACGAAGUCGCCAUGGAAAGGCCAUGGAAAAACCCCAGCAAUGAUUUAUGUACAAUGUACAUCACUGGUGAAAUUUAAAGAAAUUAAAAUUUAUUUCAUUAGAGCACGGAUGUUCACCGUUCAUGGUUACAUGUUUACUGCGGUAGUUUUAUUUAGGAAUUUGAUUGGUAAUUAGAAUAACCAGUGCGCUCGAUCAGCAAAGAUUUAUAUCCCACCCUUACGACAUAUAAUGAUAAAUAGCUCAAUACUGAGGUAAAUUGGGCACAAUAGAAAUUAUUUUCUUUCGCUGUGUUGUAUUUAUUUUAUUUAUUAUAUUAUUUUCUUUCAUAGUCUCAAAAACCAAUGUUGUUUUACUUGUAAAUUAUUGCGUUGUUUUUCAUUAAAAUAAUCCAAAAAACU